AAUCAGUAAACUGUGGUAAGCAAAAAGGUCUGUCAGCAAGAGGAAAGAUCGUUUUUGAAGAAACAGUUUUAGCAGAACAAAAAUAAUUUAAUUCAAACAGUUACUGCUGACUUUGUUGAUCAUAAAAAGUUGAUAAUUUUUUUUUGUGAUAAAGAAAAUAUCGGUGACUAAAGUGUAAAUUGCCUGAAAAUGAUAACCGACGCAUUGGGAGACUUGGAAAAAUGUGUUGACACUGCCGGGACUCAGCUGGAUUCCUUGGCGUUGAAAAUCACCGACGUCGAGAAGAAUUUGGACGAAAACGACAUGGAAGGGCUGGAAACGGGAAUGAUGGAGCUGUUGGAGUCGGUCACCGAGGUGAAGAACGAGUACCAAAAUCUCCGCAAGGAUCUCCAGGAAGUUCAGCAGCUGCAAAAGGAAAUGACCUGCUCUCUAAGGUACCAGUUGCGAACCAUGACCCAAACUUUCCACGUACUAAAAAAGAAAAUAGAGGCGAAUAAUUUGCCCAUAACGUCGCUUCCGCUACCUUCGUCAUCUUCCUGCCCAAAACAAGUUCCUCUCGCCGAUGGCGGAAAUAUGGCCGCAAAAAUGCUUAAUCGUCACAAAAAUUGAAACCUAUUCGGUUUCAUCAAAGCGUUAUUAUCGACGUUGACUAAUUCGUUGCCUGUCUCGCAAUAAGUUGGCCUGCCGCAUUUUAUUCUUGGAUUGAUUUGUGUGUCUUCCCAUCUUUCUCUCUCUGUUCCUGGCAAUGGCCGUUAGUUGCUUAUUAAGUUUUACUUCCAAAUCACAUCAUUCGCAUCAUACAAAGACCGUUUACUACAAGUGGCCCCAAAUGACAAGGCCUGGCCAAUAACCACCCCCGAAGACGGUCGGUUUGCGUUCUCUAGCUAAAUCAUCACCACAGGUGAUUAAUCUACCUUGCCUGUAUAGAAUUUGCCAUUUCCAUUCGAUCCGAGAAGAGCCGGACCAAAUCGUGUAGGAAAAUUUCCCCGAAGGACGAGAAACAUCCUAAUCAGCAUUGCUUACACCUAAGUUAGCUUAUUUCCUAGGAAUCAUAGUUUUUUUUCUCCUAUCCAUUCUAUUCUAAGUGUGUUUUCUACAAAACUUUUGACUGAUUUUGGAGAUCAUUUUAGUGUGUCACGAAAAGCGAGAAUGUUGAGCAAGCUUGCGUAGAAUAUCAUACCUCAAUUCGUUUUUUUUUUGCGUCUCGAAAUUGGUUUAACGCAACAUUUCAAUUAAUGUACAAUCAGGCUUGCUUGACAUUUUCUUACAAAAAGUAAUCGUUU